AUGAGAUAUGCUUUUAAAAAACUGUCUGUAGAAGGAAGCGAAGAAGACAAAGCACAAAAUGGUGUGAAUAAAGCCAGCAAAGGGGGCCUCAUCUAUGGGGACUACUUGCAUUUGGAAAAAGUUUUGAAUGCACAAGAACUUCAAAGUGAAAUAAAAGGAAAUAAAAUCCAUGACGAGCAUCUUUUUAUCAUAACUCAUCAAGUUUAUGAACUCUGGUUUAAGCAAAUCCUCUGGGAAUUAGAUUCUGUUAGAGAGAUCUUUCAGAAUGGCCAUGUCAGGGAUGAGAGGAACAUGCUCAAGGUUGUUACUCGGAUGCAUCGCGUGGCAGUGAUCCUGAAACUAUUGGUACAGCAGUUUUCCGUUCUGGAAACAAUGACAGCCUUGGACUUCAAUGACUUCAGAGAGUACUUAUCUGCAGCAUCAGGCUUCCAGAGUUUUCAGUUUCGCCUAUUAGAAAACAAGAUAGGUGUUCUUCAGAGCAUGAGAGUCCCUUACAACAGAAGACAUUAUCGUGAUAACUUCAAAGGAGAAGAUAAUGAACUGCUUCUUAAGUCCGAACAGGAGAAAACACUUCUGCAGCUAGUGGAGGAAUGGCUGGAAAGAACACCAGGUUUAGAACCACAUGGAUUUAACUUCUGGGGAAAAUUUGAAAAAAAUAUUAAAAAAGGCCUGGAAGACGAAUUCACAAGGAUUCAGGCUAGGGAAGAGUCAGAAGAAAAAGAAGAACAAAUGGCUGAAUUUCAGAAACAAAAAGAGGUGUUACUGUCUUUAUUUGAUGAGAAACGUCAUGAACAUCUCCUCAGUAAAGGUGAAAGACGGCUGUCAUACCGAGCACUUCAGGGGGCGUUGAUGAUAUAUUUCUACAGAGAAGAGCCUAGAUUCCAGGUCCCUUUUCAGUUGCUGACUUCUCUUAUGGACAUAGACACACUCAUGACCAAAUGGAGAUAUAACCACGUGUGCAUGGUGCACAGAAUGCUGGGCAGCAAGGCUGGCACUGGGGGGUCCUCAGGUUACCAGUACCUGCGUUCAACCAUCAGUGACAGGUACAAGGUAUUUGUAGAUCUAUUUAACCUUUCAACAUAUCUAGUUCCACGACACUGGAUACCGAAGAUGAACCCAAUCAUUCAUAAAUUCAUCUACACGGCUGAGUACUCUGACAGCUCUUACUUCAGUAGUGAUGAAUCAGAUUGA